UUGGAUGCGCUGCGUGUGGCGUUUGGAUUGGACGUAAUUACAAAGGCAAUAAAAGCUUCGUUGCACUCCACGCCAGCCAGCCAGCCAGCGAAGCCAUUAAAUAUUAUUUCUCCUCAUCCGCUUCAUCUUCCUCGCGUCAAGUAAGCACAUAAAUACAUACAUCCAUCCAUACGCAUCUCUCUACCUAGUUUCCUUAUUCUUCUUCCUUCGCUGAAUCCCUAGCUGUUCUCUUCUCCGAUCCGAUAAUGGCCUCUCUAUUCAACAAUGCUAACGGCGUUCUCGGAAAAUCCGAGAAGCUCAUUAUCGACACCGACCCUGGGAUCGAUGAUAGCAUGGCUAUUUUUAUGGCUUUUCAAAGUCCAGACGUGGAGGUUCUGGGUUUGACAACCAUUUUUGGUAAUACAACUACUGAAGUUUCCACACGCAAUGCUUUGCUUUUGUGUGAGAUCGCAGGCCGUGAAAAUAUUCCAGUUGCACAGGGAAGCCCUGAGCCGUUGAAGGGUGGAACGCCUCGUGUUGCUGAUUUUGUUCAUGGUAAAGAUGGACUAGGGAACACAUUCCUACCCCCACCUAAAGGUGAGAAAAUUGAGAAGAGUGCUAGUGAGUUUUUGGUUGAGAAAGUCUCGGAAUAUCCCGGUGAAGUAUCUGUGCUAGCACUUGGACCACUAACAAAUGUUGCUUUGGCAAUCAAACGAGAUUCUGCGUUUGCAAGCAAAGUGAAGAGAAUAGUUAUUCUUGGUGGUGCAUUCUUUGCCUUGGGGAAUGUGAAUCCUGCUGCAGAAGCAAAUAUCCAUGGGGACCCGGAAGCCGCAGAUAUUGUGUUUACCUCUGGGGCAGAUGUUGUUGUUGUUGGAAUAAACAUUACAACCCAAGUCCAAUUCACAGAUGCUGAUCUCCUUGAUCUGAAGGAAUCCAAAGGAAAGUAUGCUCCCUUCUUGAGUGACAUAUGCAAAUUCUAUAGGGACUUUCAUGUAAAAUCUGACCGUGUCCAUGGAAUUUUCCUCCAUGAUCCUGUCAGUUUUGUGGCAGUUGUGCGUCCAGAUCUUUUCACAUACAAGAAGGGGGUAGUGAGGGUAGAGACACAAGGCAUCUGUGUUGGGCACACACUUCUGGACCAAGGAUUGAAAAAGUGGAAUACGAGUAACCCAUGGACGGGUUAUUCUCCUGUUGCAGUUGCUUGGACUGUGAAUGUCAAGGGAGUUCUUGAUUAUAUCAGGGAGCUAUUGAUGAAACCCUGAAGUAUAGGCUAUAGGCAUUUGUACUACCCAUCUGACAGACAAAAGCAUUGGAAAGUGAUAGAAACGAUAGCUUCUUAUUUGCAAAAACAUGUAUAAGGUCAUUUUCAUUAUUUCACUGAAUGUCAAUCAGAACUUUGGGCGUCAAGGAUUCACAACCAGUUCUUACGCCGUUUAAUAUUAUAAAGUUCAUGUACCAAUGGAAUUCUCUACCUUCUUUGAGAAGAAAGCAGUCAUUCUUUACUUUUCCUA